GGCCACGUACGAGCGAACGUGCAGAGGUCCCGUCACGGCACGAAAAGUAGGGAUACCGGUGUUCUCCAGGCAUAAAAGGUCCAUGGUUGGUGUAUGUCAGUGUCAGUGACGGUAGGGAGGAACGGAGAAGGACGGCGGAGAACCGUGUGGUCACCUAGACCAGCGGCAGCGAGUCACCGCCGAUGCCACAUCGACUCGCGAUACCGAACCGAGAGCAUCGGCCACGCUUUUCUCGCAUGGAAUUCCUAGUCGGCAUAAUCCCGAGUAAAUGAAAGCGAAAAGAGAGUCGUAGAGUUUGCGCCAUCAACGCACCAAACCUCGCACACGCAUGUAACGCGAGCGAGAAAGUCCCUGGGAUCAUACUGAAGAAACGAGUUUGUAAACGAGGCCGGUCACAGCGAAGCUUCAGUUCGCCUGGAAAGACUCGGAGAGGCGCGGACGGGCGCACGCGAGCGGUGUAACUUAGUUAAGACUGAGUGUCGAUGAUAAACAGUCGUGUGCCAGCCAUUCGGGCGAUAAGCGACAAGUUUCCCAUAUCUGAGAUCCGAGAUUCAUCGGCGACGCGAAGUGAUCGACGAAUCGGUGUGAGUGUGGAAACUUUCUCGGUUUCAUUUCUACGAUCGAAGAUCUUUCACGUUUAUGUGAAAAUUAUUAUCGAGUAAUUGAAUCGUGGGUGUAAUCGGAAGGGCGUCGCGAUGACUAUUCACAAAAAAGGUGAGGUGUUAAAAACGAAGGAUAAGGGAAUUGCGAGGAACGAGGCGAGCACGGAGACGUACGAAGCGGUAUCCUCCACCAGCGUCGUCGAGGAGGCGCGACAGGUAACAGAGAGCGAAUCCAGGAGUAGCGUGGUGGAGAUGACGAGCGCCAGUCGCGAGGUCAUUAUGGAUUCUAAAGGUAACAUCGUCAAAGUUAUUGAGACAUCUCCGCAGACUGUCCAGCGAAGCUCGUCCAGUCAUAGAACCGGGAAGAGCUCGCAGGACUUUAUAGCCGGCGAACAGAUGCAAUCAAUUAAGCAAGCAAAGACGGCACGCGAGAUUGCACGCGAAGGCGUGGAAUCUCUCGCGGAGAAUCGUAAUCUUCAAGGGGAAACGACCGCGCGAGCCAGUCAGUCCGUGCAGAUGCAAAAUCAAAGCGAAUCCCGUUCAAUGAUUCAACAAUCCUCGAGCACCGUGCUAGAGAGUUCGUCGACGAGCGAGGAUCGCCGCGGACAUCGGUCUACCGUCACACUUUCCCAUGAUGUCAGAAGUGGAGACCAUGCUCCUCUGAUCCAGACAUCGUCGAGAUCCACCGAAAGUACCCGCGCAAGCAGCGAGACGAGCGAGGCAGUAACGAGGGACGGUCAUACGGUAUCGAAUACGACAAGGAUGCUCGAAACGGGAGAAAGAAUCGACGACAACGGCAGGACGAUGUCCACGUCGAGCCGAGAAGUUGACAGUGAACGCGCAAUCGCACCUUUAAACGAGGCCACCAUUAAAAAUACCGAUGAUGUCAAGAGGAGUGGCGAUAAAAGUACGCGCAGCGAUUCCAAAUCGGAGAGAUCCAACGUGGAGAUAUCGAGUCGUUGUAACAAACCUGGCCAGUCCACGUGGGAUGGCACAUUCGUCUACGAGAAACCCUCCAGCCCCAGAGGCAAAAGUGGUGAUAAGAAUGUCGUCGACAAAGCUACACCCGCGAGUUCGAAAGUUCGCGAUGACAGGCGGGACAGCGAAACGAGCGUUAAAGUCACCCAAGAGGCCUCCGCUAGCGAGAAGGUGUCGGUUACUGAUCAGAUCGUCUCUUCGACUUCGACCGUCACUCGGGAUUCUAAAACAAUUAUUGACGAGGGUCAGUUGUCCACGACCACUCGUCUCCGUGAUUCCACGAUGGCAUCGGACAAAAUCGCUACAGACACGACAGAUCUCGCGAAAGGACCGGUUCGUUGUUCGAGGCCCGGCGAUUCGUCGUGGGACGGAAGUUUCGUCAUGGAGAAAUCUACAGCACAACCAAAACGGCGUAACGAUCCCGAUGCUGUCGUGUUCCAUCACGGUCAGGGCGACAACGUCGUGGGAACGACUCAGAAAACGGAUUUUAGAGAGAAAAGCACGGAUGGUACGUACGAGAAGGAGUCGUCCGAGACCAUGCGAGUCGUAAAAGGCGCUACAGAUAGCACCAGCUUCAUUUCCGAAGAACGACAUGACGUGAGCAGAGAGAGUUCGAUUCACGCCGACGGUUCGCCGUCGAGCAAGGAGCAACAUCUCACUCGGAUUUCCAGCCCGUCUCAACGAAGAGUCGCUAAACCCGGUGAUUCCACCUGGAACAGCGAAUUUAUCUACGAGAAACUACAAGAUGCUGCGAGCAAACGUCCCUUGGACGUCACCGUUGUCCGACGAACGGAGAAAUGUCACGAUUCCGUGGACGUUCAGGAUGUUACCGAGGAGCAAAACGUUUCCGAAUCGGUCUCGACUUCCUACAUCGUCGAGUACGCGAUUUCCAGCGACAAGAAGAACGUUGAGAAGAUCACGUCGGUGUCCGAGGUGAUUCUGGAGGAAGACGGUCCUGAAGAUAGAACCGUGCAUCGACAAUCCGCAAGUCCGGAGGGACAGCCGAAACGAGACACGACUUCACGGUGUUACAAGCCCGGUCAAUCUACCUGGGACGGCACCUUUGUCCACGAGCGACCCAGAACACCUGACACGCGUAGAAGACCAGAGGGUAGACGUGCAACAAAGGCUAUCGACAUUCGGGACGUUACGGAAGACAAUUCGAUCAACGAAGCGGACUUCGCGAGCACGUCCUACGUUGUCGAGCACUCGUCGAGUCAGCAGAGUUUCUCAGAUGUCAGGGAUGCUAAUCUCACGUCCGCGAUUUAUGAGACGGUCGUUCACGAAGGACGUCCCGUCGAAACGACAAUCAGAUUCGACGAAGGCAAGGUUUCGACGACGGAACGUCAGGCCAGUCCCUCUCCGCGUCGUAGAAGUCCCGAGAAGGUGCCGAGAGAUAAAGAUGUGCGAACUACCAAGCCUGGAUCGUCCACGUGGGAUGGGACUUUCGUGUCGGAAAAACCGCACGGGAAGAAGCGACCACCUAGUAGAGAGUGUGCUGACAAGCAUCCGGAUAAACCUCGUCAACACGACAGGGAAAGAACAUCCCCGGAUACGAUGAAGGGACAUAAAGAGACUACUGUCGAUCUGCAGAACGUCGCGCGAGAUAAAUCCAGCAUCUCGGAGAUCGUGGAGAGUUCCGCCGUCGUAGAGCAAUCCAGCGCGCACGAGAGUUACACGGAUUCUUCAAAUGUCCAUUUCUCGACGACUUCCUUCGAAACGGUUAUUCGCGAUGGUCAGCCGGUUACGACGCAAAAAACAGUCACUAUUCAAGAAGGACCUCGUAGUCCCAUAAAGAGACUGCCUGGUAGUGAUGUAAUCAUUACCGCUGACGUUAAAGAGACCACUGUUGAAAGUCCUGAGAAGAAGGAGCCGCGACCAGACAGAAACUAUCGACCUACCAAACCAGGCUCGUCGACGUGGGACGGAUCGUUCGUGUAUGAGAAACCGGAAGAGAGGAAACCAGGCGAUAAAAAGAUACCGAAAGACACACCUGGAACUGUGGAUAAACGGAGCCCGAUUAAAGAAAAGCCUGACACCACUGAUCACAGAACUUCGGUCACGAUAUUGGACACGUCGAAGGAUGUAACCAGCUCGGCCGAAUAUACUACGAGUUCCGUUACGGUCGGGCGAGCAUUCAUCAGUGAUUCAAAGACACGUGAUUCUUCGAACGUAUCCAAGAUUUUUAUUGAAGGGCGUACAGAGAAUUAUGAAAAACCGAGACAAGACUUGGAUGAAAAGCCUAAACCGUCACCUCGACAGCGUCCGGAUGACGGUAAAGCACCUAAAGAUGAGAAACCACAGAAGAGUCCGGUGGAUAGAAUACAACGGCCGUCGAAACCAGGCGCCUCCACCUGGGACGGAUCGUUCGUGUAUGAGAAACCGGAAGAGAGGAAACCAGGCGAUAAAAAGAUACCGAAAGACACACCUGGAACUGUGGAUAAACGGAGCCCGAUUAAAGAAAAGCCUGACACCACUGAUCACAGAACUUCGGUCACGAUAUUGGACACGUCGAAGGAUGUAACCAGCUCGGCCGAAUAUACUACGAGUUCCGUUACGGUCGGGCGAGCAUUCAUCAGUGAUUCAAAGACACGUGAUUCUUCGAACGUAUCCAAGAUUUUUAUUGAAGGGCGUACAGAGAAUUAUGAAAAACCGAGACAAGACUUGGAUGAAAAGCCUAAACCGUCACCUCGACAGCGUCCGGAUGACGGUAAAGCACCUAAAGAUGAGAAACCACAGAAGAGUCCGGUGGAUAGAAUACAACGGCCGUCGAAACCAGGCGCCUCCACCUGGGACGGAUCCUUCGUAUACGAAAAACGACAGGAUUCGCAAAGGAAACCAGCAGAUGGAGAACCAACAGAAGAAUCAAGGAAACCGAGUGACCAGCGGAAACCGAUUGAGCAAGGAAAGAAACCGACAGAUCAGAGAGACAGGCCGACUCCGAUUGUCCGAAAACCGACAGGUGACAAAAAGCCGCAGCAGGAUGCCACGGAAAUGAGAUAUAUCGAAGAUGUCGCGGAUAUCACGCGUACAUCUGAAAUGCUCCAGCAAUCCUCUUACGUAAUUGAUCAGUCUGCGAGUUUUACUUCUGUACAAGAUGUACGUAACGUAACGGACGAGCGCGUCAUCACUGAAUUUACUAAGGACACACGCAAGGAUGUGAGGGAUGUCACCGAGUCAACGAAGGAAUUUAUUGAUAAAGAGCAGGUGACUAGCAUGGUAGCGCGGGAUGUCGUCGACAAUGCCCGAUUCGAUACCAUCAUCAGCUCGGCACCCCGUUCUCCAACGGAUUCCACGAGAAAACCAUUGCCGGAGCGACCCGGUUAUCCUCGUGGAAUACCUGGACUCAGGGAAGAUGAUCGACCUAAACCGAUUCCCGCUGCUGGAAAACCCAGUCGACCUACACAACGUGAGAGGAGUCCUCAGCAGCGGACGGAAUAUGGCAGGCCUUCCGAAGUUCGGCCGAAGUCGCCUGAAAAACUUCGGGAUUACACAUCGCCGACUAGAAAACCGCAACCAGCAGCUGGCAAGCCGAGUCGACCCGAAGAAAAAUCCAUAGCACCUAGAAAAUCCGAUGAAGAACCGAGAGUACCUAAGGAACAGAAACCGGCCACGGGCAAACUUAGUCGACCUGCGGAAAAACCGAAGAGACCACAGCAAGACCACGGCAAGUCGAAACGAGGGGAUCAAAUUCCGGACUCUAUUGACGAGGAUACUGACCAUUACAGAUCGGUACCGAAGCCCGCUGUACUUUCGACAAUCCUCCUGAAGGAACAAUGUAUUUGCGAGCUCUGUACCUGUGGCAGGCGUCACCGUUGCCCGCAUAACUUAACUCAGGAAAACUUGGACUUUUCUUACGAAGAGCCAGUGGACACUGUUACUUCGUACCGUCAGGAUUACGACGUGAAACGCGUAGAGAAGCAAACAAAGUACUAUCAUACAGAUCAUCUACGUACGGAAGGCGAGUUUAUCGGGGAGAGGCGAACGGAUUACGUGGCUACUAAAGGCGAGAGAGCACCAGUUAAAAAGCCCCAGGAUCACCUCAAACCCGAGGGUGAGUUCAUCGGAAGACCGAAGGCAGAGGCGCCUACAAGAGGUGAAAGAGCUCCCGUGAAGAAACCGCAGGAUAAUUUGAAAUUUGAAGGAGAAUUCGACACUACAACAACAACCGAUCUGGUCUUCACCGGUACUCCUGGCGAACGACCCACCCCGAUACGUCGCAAUACUUACACGAAGACAGAGGGUGACUUCAUUGACGAAACGACGACACGAUCGCAAUACAUUGAUCAUCGUAGUAUUCAACGCGCUGAGAUAGUCAAACGAACGGAUAAUCUCACCGUGGGAGAGGGUGAAUUCACGGGUACCUCUCGUAUCAAGGAGGACUUUCAGACUCACGUUGUCGAGCGCGAACCACGGCGACGACCAAAAUAUUCCGAAGACACUGAUCGUUUCUACAGCAAAACGGACAUUACUGAUAGUACUACGACUACUCAGGAGCAAUAUCGAACUUUCGAUCAGACAGAUUAUAGAAGUGCGACUGUGAUUAAGAGAACUGACAAUCUUAGACCCGAAGGUCCUUUCGAAGCAUUGCCUCACACGAAGGAUGACUAUGUCGCGCCGAUAUUAUCACGGAGACCGGAACCGCAAAAGCCUAAAGAUAAUUUAAAACCUGAAGGACCUUUCGAAGGGAAACCUAAGGAUGACUACAGACCCACGAGAGGAGAACGAGCUGAUGUCAAGCGUCCAGAGGAUAAUUUAAGACCAGAAGGACCUUUCGAGGGACGACCUAAAGAUGACUACUUGCCUAAACGCGGCGAACGUCCUGAAGUCAGACGUCCAGAGGAUAACUUACGGCCUGAAGGACCGUUCGAAGCCCGACCAAAAGACGAUUAUAAACCUACACGAGGAGAACGAUUUGAUGUCAAACGUCCUGAGGAUAACUUGAGACCGGAGGGACCAUUCGAGGGACGCCCCAAGGAUGAUUUCUCUCCAAAGACAGCGGAAAGGCCUGAAGUGAAGCGACCGAAGGAUAACUUACGAUCUGAAGGUGAUUUUGUAGAUCGUCCUAAAGGCCAGUACAUCCCUGGCGAGAGACGUACGCCUAUCAAACAUCCGGAUAAUUUACAUCCCGAGGGCGACUUUGAGAGACCCGAAUUGACACCUUACGGUCCCGGCGAAAGAGCAUCCAUCGUGCGCCAUCCCGAUAAUCUGUUCCCAAUAGGGGAAUUUCCAGAUAAAGAAACCGAGCCAUUCAGACCGGCAGAACGUAGAACUCCUAUUAAACAUCACGAUAAUCUUCGUCCAGAAGGUGAUUUCAUAGGAAAGCCCAAAGAUGAUUACAGACCGACAAAAGGAGAACGCGCCGAUGUUAAAAAACCAGAGGACAAUCUUAGACCGCAAGGACCGUUCGAAGGUCGUCCUAAAGACGAUUAUAGUCCUAAAAGAGCCGAACGUCCGGAAGUCAAAAAACCACAGGAUAAUCUGAAACCGGAAGGAUUCUUCGAGGUACGGCCAAAGGAUGAUUACAAGCCAACCAGAGGCGAACGUGCGGAUGUCAAACGUCCCGAGGAUAACCUGAGACCAGAAGGACCCUUUGAGGGACGGCCAAAGGAUGAUUACAAGCCAACUAGAGGCGAACGUGCGGAUGUCAAACGUCCCGAGGAUAACCUGAGACCAGAAGGGCCGUUCGCAGGUCGUCCAAAGGAUGAUUAUUCACCCAAGCGUGCCGACCGUCCCGAGGUGAAGCGUCCGGAAGACAACUUGCGCCCCGAGGGUGAUUUUGAAAGACCAGAGAAGACACCUGUCGGUCCGGCGGAAAGACGCAGUCCAAUCAAACAUCCGGAUAAUCUCAAGCCAGAAGGCGAAUUUGAGAGACCUCGUCCUGAAAAGUUCGCUCCGGCCGAGAAACGUACGCCUGUAAAACAUCUAGAUAAUCUCAGACCGGAAGGUGAAUUCACUGGUAAACCGAAAGACGAUUUCACGCCCGUUCGAGGCGAUCGCGCGGAUGUUAAAAGACCGGAAGAUAAUCUGAGACCGGAAGGACCUUUCGAGGGACGUCCAAAAGAUGAUUACUUGCCCAAGCGUGCUGAACGUCCUGAAGUUAAACGUCCGGAGGAUAACUUACGACCUGAGGGACCAUUCGAGGGACGGCCGAAGGAUGAUUACAAGCCUACGAGAGGAGAGCGCGCCGAUGUUAGACGUCCAGAGGAUAACUUGCGUCCUGAGGGACCCUUCGAAGGACGGCCAAAGGAUGACUAUUCUCCAAAGAAAGGUGAACGACCGGAUGUGAGAAAACCUGUAGAUAAUCUGCAUCCCGAGGGCGAAUUCGAACGGCCCGAAAAGGCGCCUGUCGGUCCAGCGGAAAGGCGUACUCCUAUAAAACAUGCAGAUAAUCUCAAACCCGAAGGCAAAUUCAUCGGCAGACCAAAAGAAGAUUUCACGCCCGUUAAAGGUGAUCGCGCAGAUGUUAAAAGACCGGAAGAUAACUUAAAACCGGAAGGUCCAUUCGAAGGCCGGCCAAAGGAUGAUUACCGACCGGUGCGUGGAGAACGCAUGGACAUCGUUAAACGCACGGAUAAUCUGCGUAUGGAAGGAGAUAUGGAAACGUACAGAUCAAGGGAUGAAUAUACUGAUUUCUUAAUACGUGAGAGAACUGAAGUUACAAGAUAUGAGGAUAACUUACGUAUGGAAGGUGAAUUUAUUGAUACAAGGUCGCGAGACGAUUUUAAAGUCGUUACAGGUGAACGCAUGGACAUUGUUAAGCAUCUUGACAAUUUGAGGCCCGAAGGUCCAUUUGAAGGCCGACCAAAGGACGACUACUUGCCCAAGAAAGCCGAAAGACCCGAAAUUAAGAAGCCAGAGGAUAAUCUGAAGCCAGAAGGUGAUUUUGUACGCCGUCCAAAGGAAGAAGCACCUAAAAAAGGCGAGAGAGCUGAUAUCAAAAAGCCGAAAGAUAAUUUGCGUCCGGAAGGCGACUUUGAAAGACCAGAAAAGAAACCAAUCAGUCCAGCAGAGAGGCGUACACCGAUUAAGCAUACCGAUAAUCUGAAACCAGAAGGUGAAUUUGAAAGACCUAAACCAGAAGAAUUUAAACCCGCUGAAAGACCUGUUGUGAAGAAACCGGAAGAUAAUUUGAAACCGGAAGGCGAAUUUGUCACUAGACCGAGAGACAAAGCACCAACGAAAGGUGAUAGAGCUGACGUCAAAAAGCCCAAGGAUAAUCUAAGACCUGAGGGUGAUUUCGAAAGACCAGAGAAGGUACCUAUCGGUCCAGCAGAAAGACGCAGUCCGAUCAAACAUCCGGAUAAUCUCAAGCCAGAAGGCGACUUCGAACGACCGGAACUGGAAGGUUAUCGUCCGGCAGAAAGACAAGAGGUGAAAAAGCCAGUCGACAAUCUCAAACCCGAAGGCGAAUUUGAAAGACCGCGUCCUGAAAAAUAUUCUCCUGCCGAGAAGCGAACGCCCGUGAAACAUUCUGAUAAUCUAAAGCCGGAAGGCAAGUUCACUGGUAAACCGAAAGACGAUUUUACACCUGUUAAGGGUGAACGCGCAGACGUUAAAAGACCAGAAGAUAACUUGAGACCAGAGGGUCCAUUCGAAGGCCGGCCAAAGGAUGACUAUCGACCGGUGCGUGGAGAACGUAUGGAUGUAGUUAAACGCACGGAUAAUCUGCGCAUGGAGGGUGAUAUAGAGACAUAUAGAUCCAGAGACGAAUAUACCGAUUUCUUGAUACGCGAGAGAACCGAAAUUACCAAGUAUCAAGAUAAUUUACGUAUGGAAGGUGAAUUUACCGAUACGAGGACGCGAGAUGAUUUUAAAGUCGUUAAAGGUGAACGCAUGGACAUUGUUAAGCAUCUUGACAAUUUGAGGCCCGAAGGUCCAUUUGAAGGCCGACCAAAGGAUGACUACUCGCCCAAGAAAGCCGAGAGACCUGAAAUUAAAAAGCCGGAAGAUAACUUGAAGCCAGAAGGCGAUUUUGUACGCCGACCUAAGGAAGAAGCGCCGAAGAAAGGCGAGAGAGCAGAUGUCAAGAAACCGACAGAUAACCUUCGGCCGGAAGGCGACUUUGAAAGGCCAGAAAAGAAACCGGUCGGGCCGGCGGAGAGGCGUUCUCCGAUUAAACACUCCGAUAAUUUGCGACCAGAAGGCGAAUUCGAGAGACCUAAGCCCGAAGAAUUUAAACCCGCCGAGAGACCAACUGUUAAGAAACCUCACGAUAACUUGAAACCAGAAGGCGAGUUCGUAUCGAGACCGAAAGACGAAGCACCGAGGAAAGGUGAUAGAGCCGAUGUCAAAAAACCGAAAGAUAAUCUCAAACCUGAAGGUGAUUUCGAAAGACCAGAAAAGAAACCUGUUGGUCCUGCCGAGCGGCGUUCUCCAAUUAAACAUUCGGAUAAUUUAAAACCGGAAGGAGACUUUGAACGACCGAAACAUGAUAAAUAUCAGCCAGCGGAAAGACCUCAAGUCAAAAAACCGUCAGACAACUUGCGGCCGGAAGGUAGUUUCGAAAGACCGGAGAAAAAGCCGAUUGGUCCAGCGGAGCGAAGAAGUCCGAUUAAACACGCGGACAAUUUGAAGCCAGAAGGCGAAUUCGUAGGUAAACCUAAAGAAGAGGCGCCAAGGAGAGGCGAUAGAGCAGACAUUAAAAAACCUACGGACAAUCUUAAGCCCGAAGGAGACUUUGAGAGACCCGAGAAAGCUCCGGUUGGACCAGGUGAGAGACGAACGCCUAUCAAACAUCCUGAUAAUUUACGGCCUGAAGGUGAAUUCACAAGACGGCCAAGAGAAAAGAUACCUCUCAAAGGCGAAAGAGCGGAUGUUACUAGACCGAAAGAUAACUUGCAACCAGAAGGUGAAUUCGAGAGACCUCAGAAAUCACCGAUCGGACCAGCGGAACGACGCAUGCCGAUCCGACACGAGGACAAUCUGCAUCCGGAGGGUGAAUUCGUUGGACGACCAAAGGACGAUUUCACUCCUAAGCGCACUGAUCGGCCGGUUCAGAAAAAACCUAAAGAUAACUUAAAACCGGAAGGAGAAUUUGUUGGAAAACCCAAGGAUGAUUAUAAACCCACCAGAGGAGAAAGAACCGAAAUCGUAGUACAUCGUGACAACCUGAAGAUGGAGGGCGGCAUAGACGUUUAUCGAUCUCGAGACGAUUACGUGACGACUUCUAAACGUGAGCGUGCAGACAUUGUUCAUCAUGAGGAUAAUCUGAAAAUUGAGGGUGAAUUCGUUGAUAUUCAUCGACGAGACGAUUACCGAGUUACUCGUGGUGAGCGUAGUGAGAUCGUUAGACACGAAGAUAAUCUUCGUCCCGAGGGUGAUUUUGAACGUCCGGAAAAAGCACCAGUAGGUCCCGCGGAGAGAAGGUUUCCUAUCAAACAUCCUGAUAAUUUGAAGCCGGAAGGUGAUUUCGUACAACGACCGAAAGAAACCGCACCUACGAAGGGCGACCGAGCUGCCAUCAAGAAACCUAAAGACAACUUGAAGUCUGAAGGCGAAUUCGAAAGACCACUAAAAUCUCCCAUUGGCCCUGCUGAACGACGUUCGCCCAUCAAGCAUCCCGAUAAUCUCCAUCCGGAGGGAGACUUUGUCGGCAGACCGAAGAAGGACACGCCGCUGAAGGGUGAUCGAGCAGACGUGAAAAAACCGAGGGAUAACCUUCGUCCUGAAGGAGAAUUUGCGAAACGUACUCCGAAAAAGGUGGAACCGGCCGAACGAAGAAGUCCAAUCAAACAUGAGGAUAAUCUACAUCCUGAAGGUGAUUUUUACAUGAUACCGAAGGACGACUUCACUCCGAAGAGAGGAGAUCGCUCACCAGUUAAGAAACCUCAGGAUAAUCUUCGUCCCGAGGGUGAAAUGGACAUAUCUCCAAAAGAUGAUUAUAAACAUGUAAAUGGAGAACGUGUGGAAAUACGCCGGCACGAGGAUCAUUUGCGCAUGGAGGGACAGAUGGACAUUCAUCGUUCGAGAGAUGACUACAAGAAAAUUUCAAGAAUGGAGAAGGUGGACGUUAAGAGGCGCGAGGACAAUCUUAGAGUGGAGGGUGAAUUCAUCGACGUGCGUCGCAAGGACGAUUACAUACACGUGGUUGGUGAACGCGUGCCGAUCAAGAAGCAUCCAGACAAUCUACAUCCUGAGGGAGACUUCGACAGACCUCGGAAGACCGUGGUCGGUCCGGCGGAGAGAAGAUCCCCGAUCAAGCAUCCGGAUAAUCUCAAACCGGAGGGUGAUUUCGAACGUAGAACUUCAGAAAAGAUCAGACCUGGUGAACGGCGUUCACCGAUUCGUCAUGCCGAUAACUUGAAACCGGAAGGUGAUUUCGUUGGGCGUCCGCGUGAUGAUUUUACUCGCAAAAGAGCGGAGAGAGCCGAAGUCGUGAGGAGAGAAGACAAUCUAAAGAUGACGGGCGAGUUUGAGGGCACGACGUCUCAUAAAUCGACUUACAGGGUCGUACGAGGUGAACGUGCGGACAUUAAAUCUCACGAGGACAAUUUGAAAAUUAGUACCGGCACCAUGGAAACGAAGACGACUAACAGAGACACUUAUGUACCCUCUAAACAAGAGCCGUCGCCCAUGAGUAAAACGGUAAAUCGUCGAAGACACAUGGAAUCAUCCAUCACGCUCGGUGACGAUGCCACCAUGAUGACUACAACGAAUCAACGUAAUUACAACACUUAUACGAAACGUACAGGAAAGGACAUCGCCGCCAAGAUGAGCCAGAUAGAGUCCGAUACCAGAAAGAGCAUGGAAUCGCAAACCCUAGCAGACGGCAGUGUCGUUACCGUAAGACGUACCACAACCUCCGCUCAGUCCGAUCAGAGACUCGCCAAUGCCGAAACCGUUACUCAUCGGCAGCACACUCAACAAGUCACCGAUCGCCGUACCACUCAAUCAAUCGAGCCCGUGGAUUCGCGAAAAACGACCUCCUUGGUGUCUAAUCAGCAUCACGAACAGCAUCAGAGAACGCAUUCGAGCGAACAUCUGCGAUCACAGAAUGCGAUGCAGUCUCGUCGAGCCAUCGAGGAUAGAUCGAUCACGGAGGGAUUGAAUCAUCGAGGACAGAUCAUACGAGGGGAAGAUACGUCGCGUUACCCAACCGACAUCACGCACGGCGAACAUCACAGACAUCAGCAGCACGUCGAGCGCCAUCAUCAGGAAAUCAGUAAGCGCGAUUACGUGAACGCGCAACACAUGGAUAGUCGGCAAAGAUCCGCAACGGAGCAACACGAGCAGCGCACAAUUCCCAGUCAGGCGCGAUACAAUACAAGCCCGGAGCUCCGGCAGACGAUCAACGGGCAAUCGACCAUGGAACGAUCGCACGUGGACUCGGCCACGAAGACCAGUCACCAUCGCCGAAACAUCAUCUCCUCGUCGUCGGCGGACGUCAGUAACGCAGUACUUCAUCGACGCGGUGCUACUACCUCCACCGAGGCACUUCACACGAUCUCGUCCACAGCUGCGGAUCAGCGCAAGAGUAUCUCGAAUCUGGCCGAAAGCGGACGGUAUAUCAGCAACUCGAGCCAGAGCAACGACAGACGGAGCUUCACCUCGCUACACCGCAGCACCAAGGACGCGAAUCCUUGGGCGUCUUCCAGUUACGAGCGUCCGCAGAGAAUCGUGCGGCAGGAUAACCUGACCGUUGGCGGGAGAUUCUAUUCGCAGAGCGAGGCGAAGAGCUACGGGAACUUCUCUCAGAGUACUCAGAAAGUGGAGCGGACCCAGAAGCAGACGAACGUGUCCAACAUUAACUUAGGUGACAGCAGUACCGUCGCCUCUAGUAGUAUGUACAAAAGAGAAUUUGUUCCGAGACACAGAGGGCCGUGUCCAGCUGCUCUCCUGGAAGCCAAGCAGGCUCCCUUCAAGCAUACUAGAGAUACGCAGAAGCACAAGUUUUACCUGCCUGUUGUAUCCAACUAGAUAGAUUUACUAAAUGAUUUCUUUCUAAAUUUCUUUCGCAGAUAUUAUGCUUACGUUAUGAUUAUUACGAGACACAUUGUGGAAUCAAAGAUUCACUCGCGAGAAUGAUUAACGUAAGAAACCGUUUCUGCCUACAGUUUUUCAAAAGUUAUACUUUGUUACAUCGACCAUCGGGUAAAAGUGCAUUAAACUUGUAUGGUUGCGUUAAUUGAAAUAAUUAGAGAUAUGAGAUAUAUAAAUACGUGCAUACGUAUACGGUAAAUCUAUCUUUUCAAAUGCUCAAAAUUUAUCAUGACUGACGAUCUGAAAAGAAUUCCCUCAAUAUAUGCGAUCUGUGAUGAUCUCGGUGUUGAGAAUUUAAUUUAUUUUAUAAUUGUUGAAAAAUUAUUUUUAGCGAAAACGAUCGCGCAUAUUACACUCUAUUAAACGUUUCUAAAUUAUAACGAAUGUUUAUAUAUUCUAAAUGUUAACGAAUGAGAUUUGAUCUAUCAUAAAUAAAUGUGAUAAAUAACUCUUUCAGCAAUAUUAUAUAUAAACAGUUAAGGUACAUAUUGAUAUAUGCAGUUAUGUAUGUACAUCAUUAUAUCGGCGAUGUACGCUCUUUUUAGGAUGCAAUAAUUAUACAAGCGGUAUAUAAGUAUCGAUUAUCGUUAAUUUUUAUCUGCCAACGAGCAGAAAGCCGCUCAUUAUGAAUUCUCUUUUCUUCUUAAAACACGUGUAUACAAAGCAAUAACUAGAGCUUAAAUCCGUGAUAUGGUCGAAUCUAAUAUGACAUUAGUUUCGUCCAGUAACUAAGAUAGUACGCACAUUAUGUUAUUCUAUAUUUCGCUGACUCUAUAAUGUAAGAUUUUUAUAUUAUGAGUUUCUUGCUUAUGUUUUAUUUAAUUUUCAGCUUAUUUUAUUUUAUUGUCACACAUAUAUGUUCAGAAUUAUAUAAAAAUAUAUUAAAUACAAAGUAUUGGAGUGUAUUUUUUAUUCUUUUUUCUUUCUUUAUAUUAUUCUAUAGAUUCACGUUCGUUUUAAACGAAUGUUUCAGCUGCUGGAUGUUGGUUUAUUUACUUUAUGUCAAAUAUUUAUUUUAAUCAAAUAAAUUUAUAGUUAUUUACUAAAUGAAUUUUAUUUUUGAUAUCUCUGUAUUUAUUUUAUUAAUGUAUUCGCGCAUGAUUAAGCAUUGCACAUGAUAGAAAGCAUUAGUUUUAUUAUGUGAUAUUUGCAUAAUGCUCGUGUACAUAUCAAUGUAUAGUUGUUACGUAUUAGAUGGAAAACAUUAGAACAUAAGAUUUGACAUUUUUAGAGAUUUAAAUUAUUGAAAUUUAAUGCAUUAAAACUGCUUAGCUUUCAGUAUUAAAGAAGACAGUAUUAAAUUGAGCCGAAGGAUCUGCCAUUAAAAUUAAUGCAGUAAAAAGUAAUGCAUAUGUAUAUUCAAAUAAGAAUUUGAUCUUUUUCUUAUUAUUAUUGGCAUAGGUCAUGGGCUGUUCACAAAUAAUGUGAAUAGGUGAAGCUUUAUAGGCCAUUGCUAAUACGAACAAAGAUCUUUCUUACGUUCCUAAUUUUUCUUUUUGAUACUCGGCUGCAAAGACAAUAAUGACUCUCGUGCGUAUACUAGAUUUUACGCACCGUAGAGAUGCGUAAAAAUAAAAAUGCGGGUGAUAUUGGAAGAUGUUAUUUUUUUACUCUAUUCUUAUCGAGUCUUGGAGUGGCAGUAUCUCUCUAAAAUAACUGCACCUAAACUAGAAAACUUUAAAUAAGUCACCACAUAAUAAUAUAAAGUUAUAAUUUGCGUGGCGAUAUUAAUAUUUCCUAUGUAUCACUCGCAACUGUUACAUGGAUAGUAAGUAGUGUAACUGUAAUAUAAUAUAAAGGAUGUAUACUGUAUAUUUAGGUAAUAUGCAAUAAACAAUAGUGUAUUUAUA